UUCACUGUAGGUCAGCUGUCAGGGUAGUGUAACAGCAUACAUAUCUAGAGGGGCUCCACAGUGAUUCAUCCUCUGGAGAAUUGACUAUUUAGUCCGAAUAAGGACAUCUAUUGGUAAUAUUUGAAAAAGGAAAAGAACUUAAACAAAUUACUUGAAAUUAACUUUAAUAUGCCAGGUGUAUUUUCCUGAAAUAUCUUAUAAUUGCGCACUUUAAAUCCCUCAUCACCACAAAGACUAAAGUGUUUUUCUUCUUCUUAAAAGCAGUUAAGUUGUUCGGAACAGCCUCAUAUGUGAAAGGUGAAAGAAAGACGUAGUCACAGCCUUUUCUCGGCUGGGAGGAGGAUUACAGGAAGGUCUCUGAGCAACAGUUUACACAGCGUCCAGCCUCCGGGCGCACUCCAACCUCUGCGCGCCUCGCAGUUCAGAGAAUGGAAAAUAAAGUAAACGGAAGGAUGAGCACCAUCAGUACUUCCAUCGCUGAUUCCACCAAUACAAAAGUAAGUGACUUGAUUGACGUUGGGUACAUUAAUAAUAAGCUAUCUAACGAGUCACAGACCCUAACUAGCCUGUCCUCCUCCGUGCGUAAUUUUGGAAACGCUGGCAUAGCUUUCCACGGUGUCAAUUCAAACAGCGACGGCGCAGUUUUCAAAGACUAUGCCAUACUCGAUGGUUCACUUGCUGGGAAACACUUUUAUGACCGUGGCAGUGACUAUCUGAAGUGUGACACUGUGCAGUGGGGAGAUUUUGCAAGAGUUCAGAGAACGAAUGUGCCCACAUCCGAAAUUUUGUCAAGCGCAAGUUUAAGCCUGUCCUCCACAACCGCAGCGUGUAAGUACAUCAAAGAUGAGAAGGAGCCUUCUGUGAUCAUGGACACCCCCAGCUUUGAUCCGUCAGCGGAGAUACCUGCUCUGGACACCUGCUGUGACACGGACAGGAAGCAGCAGCUGGGGCUUAGUGACGGGGAGUCCACCAGCUUCACGCCGCCUGCUGCGUGUCCUCGGCCGGGGCUGGAGGGCUCUCCAAACUUUCUGAUCGACCUGAACCAGCCAGAGCCGCUUCCGGCGCUCAGCCAGGUGAGGACUGACUCCAGGUCCGGUUUGACCGGGAAGGCUGUGGUCAGCUUUGAUGCCAACACGCACACAAGUCAACAACUGAUGCCCCGGUGGCAGAUGCAGACGUCUCCGGCUGAGCCCCAGUACUGGUGCCAGUCCGCAGGGUUGACCGAGGAGCAGUUCACACACAGCGGCUAUGAAGGGAUCCAAAGCCAGGCCCUGACUCCGAGGAACCACUCACCUUUCUCCGCUUUCCCAGGUAUGCCACCACAGAGACAGUGUGUGAUCUGUGGUGAUGAGGCGUCUGGUUGCCACUAUGGAGUCUUAACCUGCGGGAGCUGUAAAGUCUUUUUUAAAAGAGCAGUCGAAGGCCAUCACAGCUAUCUCUGCGCUGGGCGAAAUGACUGCAUUGUGGACAAAAUUCGGAGGAAAAAUUGCCCUGCGUGUCGCCUCCGAAAGUGCUAUCAGGCUGGGAUGAUGCUCGGAGGCAGGAAGCUGAAGCGCUUCGGGGCCUUGAAAGCCUUUGGUUUGGCCCCGUCCCUGAUGUUCCAGUCCCACUUGGCCAUGUCCAGUGACAAUCAGGCCUUGACCUCUAUGUCUUGCAUACCAGCCAUCCGUGAGAUUCACCUCUCCCACCAGAUCCUCAGCAUCCUGGAAAACAUCGAACCAGAGGUGGUGUACUCUGGUUACGACAGCAGCCAGUCCGAUGUCCCGCAUCUUCUCCUCAACAGCCUCAACAGGCUGUGUGAGAAACAGCUGCUGUGGAUCGUCAAGUGGUCCAAGUCUUUGCCAGGGUUCCGAAAUCUACACAUCAACGAUCAGAUGACCCUCAUCCAGUACUCGUGGAUGAACCUGAUGGUCUUCUCUCUGGGCUGGCGCUCCUAUCAGAAUGUCACCAGUGAAUUUUUAUACUUUGCACCUGACCUGGUUCUCAGUCAGGAUCAAAUGAGGAGAUCUCCGAUUUACGACCUCUGCCUGGCGAUUCAGUUCAUCCCUCAGGAGUUCACAAACCUCCAAGUUACCCGCGAGGAGUUUCUCUGCAUGAAAGCCAUUAUAUUACUCAGCACAGUGCCUCUUGAGGGACUCAGAAGUCAGGCAGCAUUUGAAGACAUGAGACAAAGCUACAUCCGGGAGCUGACCAAGGCCAUCCACAUGAGGGAGAAGGGCUUGGUGGCCAGCUCGCAGCGGUUCUACCACCUCACCAAGCUGAUGGACGCCAUGCACGAUAUAGUGAAAAAGGUCAACUUGUACUGUCUGAGCACCUUCAUCCAGGCCGACGCCAUGAGAGUGGAGUUCCCAGAGAUGAUGUCAGAGGUCAUUGCCUCCCAGCUUCCCAAGGUCCUGGCAGGCAUGGUGAGGCCUCUCAUAUUCCACAGCAAGUGAUGAUGCCAGCACAGACAUGACAAAUCUGCGCAGACAACUUGUGACUGGAUUAUUCACCCCACCAUUACUGGAUUCUUUAUAACCUUCACUAUUGUAGUCAGUCAUCUAUACUUUUCCAAAUAUCCUCCAAUGGCACUUUUACUCUGAGGUGAAACAGAGAAUUCCUUGAAGUAUGUAUUUUAGUACAGAAAUAUCUUGACCAUUAUAACUUUAGAGGUAUAAAUCAAUAAAGCUACUCUGUAUAAUUCUGGUGUAUCCAAACGUUUCAAUCCAAAAGCUUGUGUAAAGACAGUACUUACUAGCUGAUAUAGUAGGUUUUAAGAAAAGCGACAGAUUCUUUUAUACUGAAGCUGCAAAAGAAAUUACAACACAUAUAUAUUUCACGUUACCAUCAGCCUUUUAUUCUUAAUAAAGGAGAAAUGUCGAAACUUGCCACGUAAACUGAUUAAAUUCUUUUAGCAUGAGCAGCAGAGUGACUCACCGCACCGACUUCAGGGAGGAGAAACUGGGAAGAUAACUAUCGGUAAAAUACUUGAUGAAAAGAAAGUUACCGUGAUCUUAGAGUGAAUGAGAAACAGCUCAGUUAUAGCACAUCACUGCCAAAGCUGCACAAUGUCCUAAAUGUGUUAUUUUCAUAAUAAAAAAAUCUAUGUCCACAUCAGAAUAUACACAAUGACAGACAUGCAUUAACACAUGUGAAGUGAGUGCAGUAGUUUAUUAAAAAAACAUUUCCAAAAAUGAAGCAUAAGCAUGUAAAAUGGAUCCAUUUCUCUUUGGCACAUGGUGUUACUUUUAGUUUAAAGCAACUGAAAUCAGUUAAUAUGUUUGAAACAAAAAUAUAAGAGAAAUUCAUGCCAAGUAUUGAGAAUCUCCUGCAUAGCAAAAAUCUGACUGAUGUGUACUCCACUCAGAAAACAAGCACUUUAAAGUUUUCUAGUUGUUCGUCAUCUUGCUGAUAGAUCUGACUAAGCAUGGAUUCAGGCUUUGUACACAUUGGCAUUAUGUUGUAGUUAUUUUGGCAUAGUUUAGAUGAGUUUAUGAAAUUUAAUCAUGGCAGAAUCAGUUUAUUUUGGGUACAUACCGAUGUAAUACUGACGUACCGGCAGUCAUCUAGACACAAUGAAAUGAUGUAAUGGAAAUUCAUAGAGCUGUGUGAACCUCCGGAUGAUAUUUUUAAUACAGACAUGAUGACUUUUGGUUUUUCAACGUAUCUGGGACUUCUCCUGCAGGUAUAAAGCAGCAAUUUUCAUGUAGCUUUAGAUAGGAAGUGUAUUAUCUUCUCUUAGUAUGAUUUUUGAGACACAAAUAGGCAACUAGAUUUUAACCCUCCAACAUUUAAUAUACUGACAAUACAUACAUUUUCCAUGUUGAAUUCAUAGUUUCUCGCAGCAGUGAGAAUAAGUUAAACUCAGCAACUGUGACAAACAAUUUAGACCACAGGACUAAUAAAUCACGCUGUUUAUUUAAAGACAUGUUUAUGCACUGUCAAGACACAGUAGAUGAUUGCAAGGAAACAAGCUUGCCAUAUGAAAAACUAAAGGAUGCCAGACAUUUACAGUUACAUAUUCAGGAUAUGAAAACCAUUUCCCCCUGCAUAUUCAGACUGUUAGGGAGUAUAAUUCCAGCACGAAGGUUCAAGGCCACCUCGCAUUCUUAAAAAUGUAAAUGGAAAAGAACAUCCUGAUCCUGGUGAGAUCUUGAAUGCCUUGCCAAAUACAUUUUCGGCCUCUGGAGAAAUCCUUUUUUAGAGCAAUUUUUCAGUUUCUAAUAACUGAAGAGAUAAAUUGUUGCUAAUUAUUUUUCUUUCUUUUAUGUUUUAUUUUUUAAUUGUAUCAUUGAAGUUAACUUUUUAGAUCAUUAUGGACUUUGUACUUUGGAAAUGUUGUGACAGUAAUAGAAAAUUAAAUAUUAAAUGGUAUUUUUAACAUAAUACAAUCUGAUACAUGUCUAGUUUUCAUUACUAGUACACCAGUGUACCAGUGAGUACCACAAUAGGCAUUAAAGGUUAAGGCUCCACCUCAUCAACAUACUUCUAAUGACAUUAUAAAAAACACAUUUUUACAUACGGCAUGUAUUUGAUGUGAUAAUUUAUAAGAAGUAAAUAUUAUUGAUCAGCAACUACAGAAGAAUUCAUGAGCAUUAAUGUACAGUACAGUACCGUGUAGCUUACUAGAAAGUGCACUGCAGCAGUGAGCAGGUUCAGUGGAUGAACAAUGAUCACAGGCCAUAAACAUGAAA